AGCUUUCGGUUUCCCCACAAAAAAAAUAGCUAACCCCUACAAACCAAAACCGCUAUUUCUUGGUCUGAAACCAAUUUUCUUCAUUUUGUACCUCUCUCUCUCUCUCUCUAGCUCUCUUUCUCUCUCCUCUCAAAUCCCGAACCAGAUCUCGCUCCGAUUCCGCAAUGGCGGCUGCUCUCUCUAAUCGCGAAGAGUUCGUGUACAUGGCCAAGCUGGCGGAGCAAGCCGAGCGCUACGAGGAGAUGGUGGAGUUCAUGGAAAAGGUCUCCGCCGCUGCGGAUAAUGAGGAACUCACUGUGGAGGAGAGAAACCUCCUCUCCGUCGCCUACAAGAACGUGAUCGGCGCAAGACGCGCCUCGUGGCGCAUCAUCUCCUCCAUCGAGCAGAAGGAGGAGAGCCGCGGCAACGAAGAUCACGUCGCCGUCAUCCGCGAUUACCGAUCCAAGAUCGAGUCCGAGCUCUCCGGCAUCUGUGACGGCAUCCUCAAGCUCCUUGACACCCGCCUCAUCCCCUCUGCCGCCUCCGGCGACUCCAAGGUUUUCUACCUCAAAAUGAAGGGCGAUUACCACAGGUACCUCGCCGAGUUCAAGACCGGUGGCGAGCGCAAGGAAGCCGCCGAGAGCACCCUCACCGCCUACAAAUCCGCUCAGGACAUUGCAAAUUCUGAGCUGCCACCAACUCACCCUAUCAGGCUGGGUCUUGCUCUGAAUUUCUCUGUGUUUUACUAUGAGAUUCUUAACUCUCCUGAUCGGGCUUGCGGCCUUGCAAAACAGGCUUUUGAUGAGGCAAUUGCUGAAUUGGAUACAUUGGGAGAGGAGUCAUACAAGGACAGCACUUUGAUAAUGCAACUUCUUCGUGAUAACCUCACCCUUUGGACCUCUGACAUGCAGGAUGAUGGUGCAGAUGAAAUUAAAGAAGCAGCACCUAAAAACGAUGAACAGCAGUAAACAUAUCUUACUGCUAAUUAGUCAUUGAACUUCUCUUCGAUAAUGUUUUCAAAGGGAGAAGGUGCUGAUUGCUAAUCUCAAUGCUACUGAGAUUUUAGGCAUUCAUGGUCUUUGUUAUGAAUUAUGGAUGUAGUGGGCUUUUAGUUUGUCCUUCCAUUUGUACGUGUUUCUGAGUUGCCUAUUUUCUUAAUGACACUGAAAUUUCUAUCAUAUGCAAUUGGAAUGUGAAGAUUCUAUUCCCUUUAGCAAACUUGAUGUCGCAGAUUUUAUUUUUUUUAGGAUAUGAAGGUGUUGGCUUUAUUUGUGUUCA